GGAGCGAGGCAAAUUACGCAGCUGCAAGGCUCAUCCCUCCCUCCCUGCCUGCCUCCAUCCCCGUCCCUGCCUCCCUCCCUGCCUCCCUCCAUCCCUCCCUGCCUCCCUCCCUGCCUCCCUCCCUGCCUCCAUCCCUGCCUCCAUCCCCAUCCCUGCCUCCAUCGCCGCCGAGGAGCCGAGCCGAGCCGAGCCGCGCCGCCCCGCCGCACCCAUGGAGGCCGGCGCAGGUCGCUGAGGCCGCCGGCUGGCCCUGCCGCCCCGCACCGCCGGGGGGCUCCGCGCAGUUCCCCCGUGCCCAGGACCCACGGCGCUGCGGCCAUGUCUCUGCCGGGGAGCAGACGCUCGUCCACCGGAUCCCGAAGUCGCGGGCUUUAUGGACGGAGUGGCUUGGCCUCCUUCUUUAAGUCUUCAGCGCCCUCAGCCACUCGGCCUGAGACACAGCCUCUUCUCCCUGCCUCCAGGCGCCCCUCGCCCCCCGGGAGGGACACCUACGGCACCUCCUCGCUGAGCAGCAGCAGCAAUUCUGGCUCCUGCAAGGGCAGCGACAGCAGCCCCACCCCAAGGCGCUCGGCCAAGUACAACCUCUGCAGCGACAACCACGGGAUAAAGCCGCCGACGCCGGAGCAGUACCUGACGCCCCUCCAGCAGAAGGAGGUCUGCAUCCGGCACCUCAAGGCUCGCCUGAAGGACACGCAGGAGCGGCUGCAGGACAGAGAUGCUGAGAUCGAGGACCUGAAAACGCAGCUGUCGAGGAUGCAGGAGGACUGGAUCGAGGAGGAGUGCCACCGCGUGGAGGCCCAGCUGGCGCUGAAGGAGGCGCGCAAGGAGAUCAAGCAGCUGAAGCAGGUCAUCGACACGGUGAAGAACAACCUGAUGGAGAAGGACAAGGGGCUCCAGAAGUACUUCGUGGACAUCAACAUCCAGAACAAGAAGCUGGAGACGCUGCUGCACAGCAUGGAGAUCGCGCAGAACGGGGCGCUGAAGGAGGAGGGGGCCGGCGAGUCGGCGGGGGGGUCCCCUGCCCGCUCCCUCACCCGCAGCUCCACCUACACCAAGCUGAGCGACCAGGCGGCCGGGGACCGCAACGUGGGGGGCUCGCAGACCAUCUCGGUGGACGAGGGGGCCGACAGCGGCUUCGCGGGGGCGGACGAGGCUCCCGGCCGCCCGGACUUGCUGGAGGGAGGGGAGCCGUGCGCCCGGCUGCCCCCCAGCUCCACCUACGAGAAGCUGCUGGGGCUGCGGGGCGGCGUGGAGGCGGGCGUGCAGGCCAGCUGCAUGCAGGAGCGGGCCAUCCAGACGGACUUUGCGCACUGCCAGCCCGACCUGGACACCCUCCUGGAGAAGGUGAUCAAGUCCCAGGCUUGCAGCUUAGGCAGCCCCACCUCCGCCUGGGUCUCCGAGUUGGAAGACGCGGCGCCCGGCUGCGAGCCGCCCAACCCCGCCGGGGCCAUGGACCUGGUGGCCGCGGACCCCGAGGCCGUGCCGGCGGAGGCGGGGGCCCCCCACAACAACCCCACCGUGCAGCAGCCCCACGGCGCCGGCCCCUCCGUGGCCAUCACCUGCGCGGCGGCGGCGGCGGAGGAGGAGGCGGCGGAGGCGAGCUGCGACGCCGCCCUGGCCAAGAGCUACUGGAGCCGCCACUUCCUCGUGGAUCUGCUGGCCGUGGUGGUGCCGGCGGUGCCCACGGUGGCCUGGCUGUGCCGCUCGCAGCGCCGGCAGGGCCAGCCCAUCUACAACAUCAGCUCGCUGCUGCGGGGCUGCUGCACCGUGGCCCUGCACUCCAUCCGCAGGAUGGGCUGCCACGCCGUCGGCACCCCGGGGGGCAGCGCCCAGCCCUGACCCCCCCCAACACACCACCACCACCACCACCACCCCCUGCUCGCCCCCACGGACCCGACCGCUGAUUGUAAAGCCCCGUGCCGGCGUUGUCCCCGCUCCCGGGGGGCACUUCGUCUGCUCCGGCUCCUUAUGCAACCCCGAGGAGGGGGCAAAAAGGGGCGCAGGGUGGGGUUUGGAGGGGGGGGGGGACUGCUGCUGCUCUGACACCUCUGUCCCAAAGGAUGCCAAGGACCGUUUCUGGAGGAGCGGUGACACGCGGGAUGGCCAAGCCCUGUGCCCACCCCCUGGCACGGCUCCUGCAGCUGUGGGGGUGCCACCCUGCCGGGGGGGGGGGGUCACUUCAUUGCACUUGUUUUCUUUUCGGAUGUCCCUGCGCGGCCCAGGGGACAGCUCUCUGCGGGCGGGUGAUGGCGAGGAGCCAUCCGGCACUGGGGGUGCCAGCAUGGGGCCGUGGUGGUUCCCCCCCCCUCUACGGGCACCUUCCUUGCUCUGGGUGCAGCUUCGCACAGUGACAGCGAAAUUGCGGCUGCAGGCGGGGGGACAGCAGGGAGCCCCCGGACAACCGAGGUGGAAUUGGAUGAAAUCGGAUGGAAUUGG